GCUGCGGUGUCUCCAGCACGAAUCUUCGCUCCCUCAGGGUUCCACUAUGCUCAGACACCUUUGGCUCCUAGCACUCUGGUUGCUGGGCUCUAGUCCUGCCCUGGCUGAAGUUCAGAGCUGUCAUGCCUCCAGGGUCCAGUCUUCAGUGGUCUCCAGCUGCCAAGCUCAACACCAUGAGAUGCUGCCAGAAAUUGACCCAUCCACUGACAUCCUUCUGCUGAAUUUCAACCUCUUCUCCAACAUCUCGGCCUCCUCCUUCCCCAGGCUGGAGAGGCUCAGGAAGCUGUCUCUGGGAUGUCAGCUGGGGGGAUCACUCUCCAUUGGAGAGAGAGCCUUUGAGAAGGUGGCCAAUAUCACGUUCCUGGACCUCGGGGGCAACAGGAAGCUGAGCCUCCAACCCACAGCCUUGGCUGGCUUGCGGCAGCUCGAGGUGCUCCUGCUGGAUGCCAAUGGCCUUGAUGAGACUGUGCUGGAGGGUGGCUACUUCCAGGAUUUGGUGUCCCUCAAAAGGCUGGAUCUCACAGGGAACCAGAUAAAAAGGCUGAGACCUGAUGCCUCUUUUCAAGGCUUGAAGCUGCUGGCUGUCCUCCAGCUCCGGCUUAACAGGAUCAAGACAAUCUGCGGGGAGGAUCUGACCCACCUCGGGGGACGACACCUGUCCCUCCUAGAUCUCUCAUCCAACCUGCUGUCCUAUAGGGACCCUUGGUACAACCACUCCUGCCCCAGUCCCUUCCGCAACAUCACAGUGGAAACCCUGGAUGUCUCCUCCAACCCAUGGGAUGUGGGUAGUGCUGAACGGUUCUUUAAGGUCAUGGCAGGUGCCCAGAUACGGGAUCUGAAGUUGCAGCACUCGGGGGCCAUUGGGAGAGGGUUCGGGUUCAAUAACCUGCGGGGCCUCUCCGCCAGCACCUUCUCAGGACUCAGCCAGAGCAGGGUCCUCUCUUUCGACAUGUCUCAUGGCUUCCUCUCCAAGCUGGGGCCUUUGGUUUUCUCGGGUCUCCCUGAGCUGCGUGCACUGCGCCUAGCAGCCAAUCAGAUCCACGAGAUCCGUGGGGAGGCCUUUGCUGGACUGCAGCACCUCUGGACCCUGGACCUCUCCCACAAUCUGCUGGGGGAGCUGAAUACGGAGGCUCUCCAGAGCCUAAGAUCUUCCCUGCUGCUUCACCUCAACCUCAAGUCCAACCACAUUGGGGCCAUCCAGCACAAUGCCCUGGAGGGACUGAGGACCCUGCGGACGCUGAAUCUGCAGGACAAUGCCCUCUCGCGUGUGCCGUCAGGGCGUCUCCCUGCCCUGGAGCACCUGCUGCUGGGCCAGAACCGGAUCAAGGACACCUGGGGAAUCGGGAAGCUUUCCACUAAUCUGACCUUCCUCGACUUGUCUUCCAACCGCAUGCAAGACCUGAGAGGGCUCUGGAAUGAGCUGAGGGGCAUCCCUGCCUUGCAGUUCCUGAACCUUUCACACAACCAGAUCUCAAGGUGCUCUGAGCAUCAGGACAGAGCCAUGCCCAGGCACAGCCAGCUCAGGGUGCUGGACCUUUCUGAGAACUCCCUGAAUAUCAUCUGGAAUGCAGGAGGCUGUGUGGAUGUCUUCCACCAUCUAGACAGGCUGACAUUCUUGAAUCUCAGCAGAAACAACCUCCAGACCUUACCUGAGGGCCUCUUCCAGGGGCUGGUCUCUCUCCAGGCUCUGGACCUAUCUGGGAACCUCAUGGCCAUGCUUCCUGAUGGGGUGUUCCAGGACCUGCGCUCCCUGCAGAUGCUAGGGCUGCAGGGUAACCCCUUGGUGACCCUGUCACCAUCUGUUCUUCAGCCACUCCAGGCACUAGCAUUCCUAAAUCUCCAGGAGGUCUCUCUGCUUUGCCACUGCAGCUUGUGGGACCUGGAGGAUUGGCUGCACUCCACCAACGUGACCCUGAGUGGUGGGAAGGAAGGGGUUACCUGUCUUGUGCCCACCCCUCCCUUCCCAGGAAUGCCCCUCCUUUUCUUCAUCCAAAGCAGCUGUGUUCAGUAGCACAGCCCACGCUGUGUCCAGCUUUCCCCAGCAUAGGAUCCCACCUGUGUGGCUUUAAAAGCUAUUACAUAUGCUGUGCACUUGGCACUGAACUGAUACUUAUGCCAUCACAGGCAGCGAUGCCCAGUCACCUUCAGCUGUGAACCAGUUUCCCAAAGGCAUAAGCAUGGCCUGGACUAGAAGUCAAGGCAUCUUGGUUUGACUCCUAGUUCUAGGAGUAGAGUCUAGUAGUUAGAGCAAGGGGCAGGA